CUCAACUUCGUCGGUGCGAGCCGAGACGGCCGAGCACAUCGGCGAUGAUCAAUUGCAAGAAUAUCAACAGUUGCAGAUUUACGAGAUGGAAGUCAUAAAGAGAGCACUGGCGAUCACGAUUCCUCUUCUCAAUGAGAAAAGCAUGUUGAUUUCCCAAUCUGCAGGUUCUCUGAAACGUGGACCAUGGAAUCGCUGAGAGCCCUUGGGUUACGGUACCUCUCCGAAGAAGAGGAGAUUCUGUAUUACGAUCCGGAGAGUAUGCGGGACAGACUCG